CCACAAAAAAAUAAAUGACCAAUUCGCAAAUACCAAACCAGCAAUAUUUAGAGGUUGAUGCCAGUCUGUUUGUGAGGACCAAUUCGAGUUGUAAAGAACUCUUUCCCUGAAGUUGAGGACUAUUUGAUGGAUCCUCAUGUGGAUCCGUGUUUUUUUUUUUUUUGGGUGGACGGAGUUCUUGAUAAGAUCCUUACAUAUGUGCGCAUGUAUUACCUUGACUGUAAAAAGGCCUAUAUUUCGCCAUCUUGAAUGUGAUGCUGUAAAUUCGACGUAUUGUGUAGAUGCAGAUUUUAUUAAACAUUCUUGUAGGCAGCAACUUGAUUUAAUUUAAUGGACUAACUUGAUACAAAUCCAGCUACAUGCUGUUUAUUGGAUGAUUUCACAGUGACUUUUUGUUUUGUGACAUUUAUUAAUACAUUAGCUAAAGUUGAGGUACGCUCAUACGGUCAGAAACUAGUUUGCAGUUUUAUUUUUAACUAACUCUCGGAAUGAGCACUAUGGAAAUAAGUAAAAGACAGAAAGUAUGUUGUUUUAUUCAAACGGGUAUUAUACAAAGUGACAAUCAAAAUGCAUUUGUUCGUUUUACUUUAGAACAUUUUAGAGUCUGUGGACCUUUAACUUUUUACUCACUUCUAACUUUCUCCAGGUUGUUUUUUUUUUCAAACAAGUGUCUGUACCGACUUACUUGAGUGCUUAAUUUUCAAAUACUUUUGCCAGCUUGAAACAAAUCCCACGAAAACGUCGUCGUGGCUCUUCAUCUCCCAGUCGGGAGUCGCGAGAGCGAGCAUGCGGCCAUGUGCGCGUGUUCUGUGCGCGUUCACGCGAGAGAGGAGCACACGGGCCGGCUGAGCAGCAAGAAGGAUGGAGGUCCGACCCGACAGGUUCAAGGCGGUCGCGGCCAAAACUCUGGGCAGAAUAAACAGGUUGAUUGACAAGCGGCAGCCCAAUGGAGAAACCAUCGAGCUGUCUGCCGAGGGCCGUCCCGAGCUGGUGCAGGAGAAGGAGCUGCCCGUGGUGGACUGCACCUGCUUCGGCUUGCCCAGGCGCUACAUCAUCGCCAUCCUAUCCGGCCUGGGCUUCUGCAUCUCCUUCGGCAUCCGCUGCAAUCUGGGCGUGGCCAUCGUAAGCAUGGUCAACGACCACACCGUCUACAAAGGCAACAAGGAAGUGCUCGUGGCUGCACAGUUCACUUGGGAUCCGGAGACGGUGGGCAUGAUCCACGGUUCCUUCUUCUGGGGCUACAUCGUCACGCAGAUCCCCGGAGGUUUUAUAUGUCAGAAAUUCGCAGCCAACAGAGUGUUUGGCUUUGCCAUCGUGGCCACGUCCACCCUCAACAUGCUGAUCCCAUCUGCCGCUCGCUGCCAUUACAGUUGCGUCAUACUGGUCCGAAUAUGUCAAGGCCUUGUUGAGGGUGUGUCGUACCCGGCCUGCCACGGCAUUUGGGCAAAGUGGGCUCCUCCCCUCGAGAGAAGUCGAUUAGCCACCACGGCCUUUUGUGGAUCUUAUGCAGGGGCGGUGGUGGCCAUGCCUUUAGCUGGGAUACUGGUGCAAUACACUGGGUGGCCUUCUGUAUUCUACGUCUAUGGCAGCUUUGGAAUAUUCUGGUACUUGUUCUGGAUCCUGGUGUCCUAUGAGAGUCCGGCCGCCCAUCCCACGAUCACGCCGGAGGAGAGGAAGUACAUUGAAGAUGCCAUCGGAGAGUCCGCGUCGUUUCUCAACCCUCUACAGAAAUUUAAGACGCCGUGGAGGCAGUUUUUCACCUCCAUGCCUGUCUAUGCCAUCAUUGUGGCCAACUUCUGCAGGAGCUGGACCUUCUACCUGCUUCUCAUCAGCCAGCCGGCCUACUUCGAAGAAGUCUUCGGCUUCGAGAUCAGCAAGGUGGGCAUGGUGUCAGCUUUGCCCCAUCUCGUGAUGACCAUCAUCGUUCCCCUGGGGGGCCAGCUGGCGGACUACCUUCGAACCCACAACUUGAUGACCACCACCAAUGUUAGGAAACUGAUGAACUGCGGAGGUUUUGGCAUGGAGGCCACCCUCCUACUCGUGGUGGGAUAUUCUCACACAAAAGGCGUCGCGAUCUCCUUCCUGGUGCUUGCCGUCGGCUUUAGCGGCUUUGCUAUCUCAGGUUUUAAUGUCAACCACUUGGACAUUGCACCUCGAUACGCCAGCAUUCUAAUGGGUAUCUCAAACGGGGUGGGAACGCUGUCUGGAAUGGUUUGUCCUCUAAUAGUGGGAGCCAUGACCAAACAUAAGACACGCGAGGAAUGGCAAUACGUCUUCCUUAUAGCGUCCCUGGUUCACUACGGAGGAGUUGUUUUCUAUGGACUUUUCGCAUCGGGAGAAAAGCAGCCAUGGGCCGACAUCGAAGACACCAGCCAGGAGAAGUGCGGCAUCAUCGAUGAAGACGAGCUUGCCAACGAGACGGAGGAUCUCUACCGAAGCGGCGGCGGCCAGUACGGGGCGAUGAGUCAACAGGCGGUCGGUUCAAACGGAGGCGGGGCCGCGGGAGGCGGGGCCGGAUGGGUGACGGACUGGGAUAGAUCCGAGGAGUAUGUGCAGCCGCCUGGAUACAACUCAUAGAAGUGCGGCGGAGUGGAGGAGACGAAGCUGACGUAGACGAGGGACUGACUUGAUACAAGUGUGUACGAAACAAGGAAAAAAAAAUGCGGAAACGGGAAGAGGAGAACUUGCUGCGCACUUUUGA